AUGUCCUCGAGUUCGCCAGCAUCAACACCUCCAUCCACACCCACAACACCCAACUCAAGUCAGAAGCGAGAACAUUUCCCCUUAAUUCGCAGCAUAGCCCGUGGUGAAAAACCAAUAUACCACAAGAUCCAAGCUACUGUAGAAAAACGACGUGUACACAGGACAACUACCGCGAAAGAGCGGAGUCCGUUAGAGGAUGAAGAGCAGCGUACCAAUAAGGAGUUAUGGGAGGGCUUGGAGGAGGAUGCUAGGUUGAUGCCUAGAAGCGAGUUGGAAGAGGAUGAGGCAGCAAUGAGUGAUUCGGGGAUGGAUCUAAGAACAAGAGGAAUGGAAAGGGGGAGGAAUUUUGUGAGGAGGAAUAUCGGGACUUCUGCUUUGACUCAUGGUGAGAGGGAGGUAACAGGCUCAGACUUUGAGAGCGGCAGGAGGUUUCCCCUUACUGGGAAAGUACCGUAUGGACCUUCGGUAACGGGGAGACAUUCGCGUAAACCUCCACUGUUGCAUCGUCAGAGGUCGAACUCUGCUGGGGAUUUACCUAGAGGUCGGACGAGUAUCAGACUUCUUAUCGCUGAUGAUGAAGAGCCACUUGUCACUAUGUCUCCAACCCAGUUCUCGCCCAGGACUCCUACUUCUUCAUCGAGAAAAGCGGUUUCUAUGAGUUGGCCUGAGGUGAGAAAAUCAUCGCCGGAGAAUUCUCAGACUUUACCUCAGAAUAAGCCGAACAAGUUGUCGCCACAGAUGUUGGCAGAUAUAGUCUUGAGAGAAUCACGAUCACCGGCUCCUGCCUCGUCACCUUCUUCGCUACAAACACAAAGACAGUCCGACUAAAGCCUUUACCGAGACCGAUUCGUUUCCAGAAUUUCAUAACAAGGACAAUCCCUCGCAUGAAGGAAGUUCCUCCGAAAAGCCAAACCCGUUUGAGAGAGUGAAAGCAGCAAGAUCAGAGAGCAUAUACUCACGAAAACGAGGACGACCAGCUUUAAGUCCCCGUUCAAGCAGUUUCCUAAAACCAAAAGUAAACGUAAGAUGACACAUCCUUCAACGCUCAGAGUACACAACUUACAAAAUAACAGGCAGAAGAUGAACCAUUCUGUAUCAAGGGAAAGGUAAGUUAGAAAGUUUCUAUAAUAGUCAUAGAACAAGCCUAACAAGCUCAAGACCCUAGCACAAACCAACCACAUAACCGAUUUCCUCGCCUCACUAGACUCCUUCAUCCAAUGGGAAAAACGCGAAUGCACCGGUCUCCUCUCUUCCGGCUCCGGCUCUUCGUUCCUCUUCAACUUAGCCUUCGCCUCCUCAGUCGUCGACGACAAUCCUCUCUCCUUCUCUUCCAAUGACACCACCAAGUCCUCCGAACAAGAAGGGUUCCCCUGGCGCGGAAUCGCAAAAGAUGAAUUCAAGGGUCUAUACAACGCCACAAAGACAUUCAUAAGACUCUCCGUCUUAGACGAAGGGAGGGAAUUUACCAUCUCUGAGGUAGGGAGCUUGCAGAAAGAGCUAUUGGGGUGUUUGGAUGAGGUUUGUGAUCCUGGGAUGGUGGAUCAGAUGCCGAGGAAUGAGCUGCAUUUGCUAGUUCCGCGAAUUCUGGAUGUUUUUGCGAGAGAGACCGAGAGGAAGAGGGAGGAGGAGGAGGAAGGGUUGAGGGAAGUGUGUUCGAGUACGGCGCCUGUCCGGAAUGGGGGGAAGACUGAGACAUUCAAGACUAUCGUGAAGCCGGAGUGGCUAUUACUUGGGGUGGUGAUUCUUGUACCUCUUCUUCUUGAAUAUUUCUUAUCUUUCAAAAAGUUGGAGGGCUUUGCUGUGUUAAAUAGUUGA